CGGAGUGUGAGUCCGGCUAAAAAGACUUGCAACGUUCUUGUCCUUGUACCGGUACUACCACGACCGGUCACAUAACUUGCGAUGGCAGACAACGACACGAAGCCUUCAUCACCCAUCCCGCCUCCACCAUACUCACAGUCUGCCUCCAGUGAUGUCACGGUCGUCGAACAAACUGGUCUCCUUCCCAGCGGUCCUGCGAGCACGGCCACGGCCACGUCGUUGACGCCGUUUCCCUCAACAUUCACCCCGCACAGCGUGCAGCAUCCGCACCAUGUGCAGCACCUUCGCUUUGGGCCUACCCCGCCACAGGAGUUGCAUCUCCCGUACGCGUAUUAUGAUCCGAGGUCAGAGUACUCGGUCGCCAUGGCUGACCACCGUGCAAGGAUGAGAUUCUUGGGUGCUGUUCUGUAUGCUGCUGGCGUUUGGGUUCUCUUUGGUGUUCUGGCGGGAUGGUGGGGACAGGCGUGGACUGAGUGACUGGGCUAUCCCGUAUGCUACCUGGGACGGUGUAUUUUUAGAUGGGCGAGGGCAAAUUUUGAUAUCACAUAUUUCAUCUUUCACGACAUGCAUGCAUAUGGAAUAUAUCACUAUAAUUCUUUAUUUCUGCCUGUGGAGCUCGUCAUGCGCGUAAUGCUGGACUUAGUUUCUUUUCACGAAGCUUGAAUCUCAUUUCUAGUAAUGGCCGAUAAUUGAAAGGUUUCUACAGCAUGUAAUUUAGCUGUUUAACUGUACACAGGUCGUUAAUAUCGUCCCUUUGCGUUGCUCAAUACAACCGCUAUAUACAGCAUAUCACUUGCC